UCGCAGACGCCGAAGUUCACCCACAUCCCCGCUUAAGGCACUAACAUCCAGCCCUGCGUGCUAUCUGAUCCGGAGCCGUUCCUAAGGAGACUCGUCAACCGAACGAACGGCGAGGUCCACCCCCGCCCCUGGGCCCGUUUAUAAGCCUGACGGGAUGGGCUCGCCCUGUUCAACCCACCAGCAUGAGCGAUCCGGAUCCUACAGGUGUGGUGUAUGAUAUUGUUCCUUCUAUCCUCUCGCGCUAUGCUGCGACCGCGCUGUUCGUGUACGAUAUCCUAAUUUCAUUUGCGGACGAGGUAGAAUAUGUUUGGAAAUCUAAGUGGAGCAGUCCCAAAGUUCUUUACUUCAUAGUCCGCUAUUUUGGAGUUGCCGCGGCAAUCUUUACUUCUGCGAUUUCUCUUCGACCACAGAGUAUUGACGUCUGCUGGCGCUUUGCCAUCUUCAACACCACUUGGUUACUUGUCGGGGCGGCACUUGGCGAUGCACUGCUUCUACUGCGUACGCUCGCGCUGUUUAUGGACCGCAGGAGACUAUGCCUAGGUCUCAAAAUCGCCUAUGGAGUAACCUAUACUAUUGAGUUGGCAUUCUUGAUCUACUACAUGGUGCACACUGCG